UCAAAAGAAGACAAGGUUUUACCUGGUCUACACAGCUUGUGUUAUCUUUUAAAUUAGAGUUGGCAGUUGGCACAGCACAACAGCACAUGCAUUGCUACUCAAGAGUCAGGACACAGACCUACCAAUGAGAAUGAGACGAAGUAACACAGAAAUCUUCUUCCAAAGUUCCAACAACUUUAAUAAAAGCACACCUCCUUUUUUAACCGAAUUAACAAACCCCCUUAAGGUCUUAGCCCUCAUUUUCAAUUUUCAUUGCAUCUCUCUCUCUCUCUCUAUCUCUCGCUUUCUCGUAUCAAUUUCUUCCAUUCCAUCUCCAUCUAUUCUGAGAGGAGUCUGAGAGCCGCACUCACUAAAAAAAGGCUGCUCCCCCAAUUCUCAAAAAAAAAAAAAAAAACCUGCAACUUCCGCUUUUGCAGCUCCUCCCCAUCCCACCGGCAAGACAUUCGCAUUCGAUUUAAGCAAUCCCACAAAAAAAGGUGAACAAAACUAAGACAAACAAACCUUCUCCAUUUUAUAUCUCUCUCCCUGUCCUGUUUCAGUUUCUGUUUCUCUGUUCCCCCUUCCUUUCUUCUUCUUCUUCUCUCUCUCCCCCCUCAUGUGGCCUCCAUGGAGAAGAUCACCAGGUCCAGGUCCAGGAGCAGGUCGGAUUCAUGCACAUAUCUCAUCCAAUUUCUCCUGCUCUUCAUUCAAGGACAUUCAACAACUCUGCAAGGAAGAAGCCGACCAUCCUCGCUCUAAAAAUAAAAAAGCCUCCGUUUUCCACCGCGUCUGGAUCUCUACUUCCAUCCUCCGAACCUGGGCCUCCCUUCCCUCCCUGUCCGACCUUCCUCCUCCUGUUACUACUACUACUACUCCCCCUCCUCCCCAAUCCAAUGGGCUACUCCCUUCACCAGAGCUGCCCAUCCAUCUCGCCGGCGCGGAUAAACGCAUUAUUGUCUACUUCACAAGCCUCCGCGUCGUCCGGAAGACCUUCGAGGACUGCCGAUCCGUGAGAUCCAUACUGAGAGGCUUUCGUGUUUCCAUCGACGAGAGAGAUCUGUCCAUGGACGCCGGCUUCCUGGAGGAGUUGCAGAGGAUCCUGGGUCGCAAGAAGCCGCCGACUUUACCUAGGGUUUUCAUCGGCGGUAGAUAUAUUGGUGGGGCCGACGAGGUCAGACAACUUCACGAGAUGGGUGAAUUGAAGAAAUACAUCGAAGGUUUCCCGGUGGCUGAGCCCGGAGUUUGUGAAGAAUGUGGAGGAUACCGGUUUGUUCUCUGCGAACAGUGUAAUGGGAGCCACAAAUGCUACACAGAGAAGGGAGGAUUCAGGACUUGCUUGGAUUGCAACGAGAACGGCCUGAUCAGGUGCCCUACUUGUUCUACUGUAGUCCUUUGAUCCAUCGGAUCAGGGGGUAGGAAUUGGGAAAUGGGGAAACAAACAACCAAACAAACGAGAGAGAGAGAGAGAAUGAGAGAGAGAUUAAACAACAAAUUUCUAGUGCUUUGUAAUCUGGAUGUUGUUAAUCUCUUUCUGUUUUCUUCUUAAAACGGUUAAAUCUUUUAUUUAUUUAUUUAUUGUUUUAAUAUCAAACAGAUACAGGGGAGAAUGGAGAAGGAAUCGUGUUUUUAAUGUAUCCUGUUUUCUUUCUCUGAUUAAAAUUCUAAAAGUCAGAACGCUGAUCAUAGAAGCUAACCUCUUGUGUUGAAAUCUUGACCAAAGGAGUCUUAUAAUUCUACCUCGAUUACUGUGUUUGUGUGCUUC